GCCCCUCGCUUACCGUCGGGGCGGGCGGCAUGUGGCGGGGGCUGCCGGUGCUGGCCCUGGCCGGGCUGCUGGUGCUGGGGCGGGCUCCGGCGGGGCGGGGGGCGGCCUGCGAGCCGGUGCGCAUCCCGCUGUGCAAGCCGCUGCCCUGGAACGUGACCAAGAUGCCGAACCACCUGCACCACAGCACGCAGGCCAACGCCGUGCUGGCCAUGGAGCAGUUCGAGGGGCUGCUGGGCACCAACUGCAGCCCCGACCUUCUCUUCUUCCUCUGCGCCAUGUACGCGCCCAUCUGCACCAUCGACUUCCAGCACGAGCCCAUCAAGCCCUGCAAGUCCGUCUGCGAGCGCGCCCGCGCCGGCUGCGAGCCCGUCCUGCUCCGCUACGGCCACGCCUGGCCCGACAGCCUGGCCUGCGACGAGCUGCCGGUCUACGACCGCGGCGUCUGCAUCUCCCCCGAGGCCAUCGUCACCGCCGAGGGCGCGGAUUUCCCUAUGGAUUCUAAUAACGGCAACUGUGGAGGCGCCAGCAUUGACCGCUGCAAGUGCAAGCCUGUGAAAGCCACCCAGAAGACCUAUCUACGCAACAACUAUAACUACGUCAUUCGGGCUAAAGUGAAGGAGGUGAAGACCAAAUGCCACGAUGUCACUGCAGUGGUGGAAGUAAAGGAGAUCCUGAAAUCUUCCCUAGUGAACAUUCCAAAGGACACGGUGAACCUUCACACGAAUUCUGGCUGUCUGUGCCCGCCUCUCAGUGCCAAUGAAGAGUACAUCAUCAUGGGCUACGAGGACGAGGAGCGCUCCAGGUUACUCUUGGUGGAAGGCUCCAUAGCCGAGAAGUGGAAGGAACGUCUCGGUAAAAAAAUAAAGCGCUGGGAUCAGAAGCUCCGCCACCUUGGGAAGGGGAAGGGAGAGGCCGGACACGGCGACUCGGCUCCGAAGCCUGGCAAUGCCAGCAGUGCCCGGCAGGCACGCAGUUAGACGUGGGGAUGCUGCACGGUGACAUGCCAGGGGACUGUCUGCCAAGACUUCGUUGUUGGAGCAGCAAAGGAGAAAUUGCACUAUUGCACGUUAUAUUCUAUUGUUUACUACAGAAUAAUGUUUUAGCUUUUAUUAGUUUUUAUUCUCCCUCUUGUUUUCUGCCUUUUUCUUUUUGGAUAUGUGCAAGUUCUGGAAAUGUAAUUUUUUUUUUUUCCUGUUACUAAGAACUGUAGAAAACUGCCCUUAUGAGAUGAAGAAAGACAAGGACAUGUUCAAUUUACCUUUUUAUCUCCUGAAUCUUCUUUGGGAGAAAAUUCUUAUGCGAGCAAGAAUGAAAUCAGGCAAAGACCAUUGCUUAAAAUCAUGACUCACACUGGCUUUUCCCUGUUCACUCUUUCUUGGUCACUAUUUGCUGAAACUUGCUCUGGUUUGGGUAGGUUGUUAUCUGGGUUUAAUUGUAUCCUUUUUAUUUUGAAAUAUAAUUUUGAAAUACAUAAUUUUUUUUUUUUUUUUUUUGUUAAGAGAACUUUGAAUCAGUACAGCUUUAUUAAGUUUUCUUACAGAUAAACCACUUGUAUAAGGCAGAGUCUAACUUUAAAUAUUUCCUGCAACAAACACAGUGUGCCUGUACAUGUGGAACAUGGGUUUUCUAGAGCUUUGGACCUUGAAGGAAAGAUUGUCUUGUUCUGUAACUGUAAUUUAUAACAUGCUUCUUCUCUUAUAAUGGCAGUUUUUUUCCCCUCUUCUCAGCUGAGUUAUAGGAGUAGACAGACUCACCAGGCCUGCCUCUCAGUACAGGUCUGCAGUUUAGCCUUUUGAUUUUGUGGUGUUACUCUUAAAUCCGUGCCUACAUAAACAAGUGUUCAAUGCUCAGUAACAUAUGUCCAAUAAAGGAAUUGUAGUCGCCAACACAGACCUUACCUGACUUCUGAACCAACAUCAU